UCGUCGUCAGAGGGACGCUAAAUGGGGUUGGAGUUGGAUUGUCGUGUGUGCUUACCUCUCUACCUUUAAUCCGGUUACUUUUUCACCGUCCUGAAUUUUGUUAUGUCGAUUUUGGCGGUUGUUCUGAAAAAAACACUUCUCUUCAAAAAGGUUAAUUACUCGCAGUGCUAAUUCAUAAACAUUGAUUGAAUUCUUCCAAAUUUUAUAAGAACUCAGAAUGGGCGAGCCUGAAGAAUUGGUGGAUUCCGGGAAAAUCAACGAUUCUGGUAAUAAUGCUGGCACGAUUGAUAAAUACCAAGACGAGGAUCGAAUAACGUGUAGACAGGAUUUGAUACCGUAUUUUCAAAAGAUUGAUAAUAGUAUCAACAAAUUACAUUGCUCAAAGGUGCCAAAAAUUUGUAAAGAGGAACCAUGUCAAUUGGGUGUAGACGAAGCUGGUCGUGGGCCGGUGCUAGGUCCAAUGUCUUACGGAAUAGCUUAUGCGCCGUUGAGCAGAAAGCAAACAUUGGUAGAUUUAGGUUGUGCAGAUUCUAAGACAUUGACGGAGGAACAGAGAGACAAGAUAUUCGACAAGAUAUGUGAGAAGCAUGAGGAGAUGGGAUGGUCAAUAGAGGCGAUAUCGCCAAAUGUGAUAGCGAACAGCAUGUACAGUCGAAGCAAAGUAUCGCUGAACGAUGUGUCAAUGAAUUCUGCGAUAAAUCUGAUAAAACUAGCGAUUGAUGCAGGAGUCAACGUGAGAGAAAUUUAUGUCGAUACAGUAGGAAAGCCAGAAAAGUAUCAGGCGAAAUUGAAAGCCAUAUUUCCAGAUAUAGAGAAAAUCACAGUGGCUAAGAAGGCUGAUUCAACUUAUCCGAUAGUGAGUGCUGCAAGUAUAUGUGCCAAAGUAUCGAGAGAUCACGCAUUGCGAGCUUGGCAAUUUCGUGAAGGAGACUACAAUUCAGAAUAUGGUAGUGGAUAUCCCAACGAUCCAUUGACAAAAAAAUGGCUCACUGAAAACAUUGACCAAGUUUUUGGAUUCCCACAAAUAGUGAGAUUCAGUUGGUCGACCGCAGAGAAAAUAUUGGAGUCUAAAGCGCUCGCGGUUGAGUGGGAAGACGUGGAGGACGAGGCGGAAUCUCCGGCAGCUCCUAAAAUAUUGAAAUUUUUUGCUCGCACACCACCGGCUUCAGGGAAAGCUCAGCGAUCGAAACACUCAUUUUUUUCCGAUCGUUGUCUCACCAAUACUGUCGAUCUCUAACAAUUCUUUGAUCCAUGCGAGAGUUGUAAACAUUCGGCACGCAGUAUUUAGUUGUGAAAUAUCAGCAAUGCAUCCUCAAGCGAAAUCAUCGAGUUUCUACAAUCGUUGGAAGAACGAGUUUCACCAUCCGAGUAUUUUCACGAGAAAAGGAAACAUAAAUCUGAGAACAUCACAUUCGGUACACGUAAUUGAAGAAUUUCAAAAUACCGAAAAGUCCAAUGAAAUUUCAACGAAGUACGAGGAAGUUUUAGCCACAAAAUCUAUCAGCAGCACCCUUCAUGCAGAAAUACUUUUCUGGAAUCAUAAAACUGUUCAAUAUCCGGAACGAAAAGUUCAAUCCCUGGUCAAACGCAUCCGUGAGAAUCGGAGUCGGAAACGUAAUGGAAAUAGCGCGAAGACACGAUUACGACGAUUUUAUCGUUUGUUAUUCCUCACGUGACUAGCAAUCGAAUAUUCGGCCAUUCGAUCGUUACGAUAGAACAUUUAUCGUUUUGAGACGUACUUCAUAGUGAUUUUUUUUUAAAUUUCUUUUCGUAAUUCUUUGGAUAUUAGAAGUAAUGGAUAUAUCUAUAGAUACGUCGUUGACGCUUCAUAAUUUCAAUAUUCUCUCGGUACGGUACGCUAAGUGCGAUUAUAAAAAAUAGAAACAACGAUAAUUUAUAGAAGUUAUACGUCAUAUACGUAUAUGUG